AUGGACGUGGGCGCCGACGAGUUCGAGCAGAGCCUCCCUCUGCUGCAGGAGCUCGUCCUGGGCGCGGACUUCGUGGGUCUGGACAUAGAGUUCACGGGCCUUCGUUCUAACCAGUCCCGGCCCCAGCAGAUCAGCCUGUUCGACCUGCCCUCGGAGUGGUAUCUAAAAACCCGCCAGAGUGUUCAGCAAUUCACAAUCUGUCAGAUUGGAUUGUCUGUGUUUUCCAGUAUUGAAGGAGAGUCAAACAAGUAUGUAGCGCAUUCGUGUAACUUCUUUCUCUUCCCCACGACGUUUGGGGUUUUGGAUUCGGAGUUCUCUUUCCAGGCUUCCAGUGUCCAGUUUCUGAAUCAGUAUGGCUUCGACUACAACAAGUUUCUCAAAAACGGGAUCCCAUAUAUGAAUGAAGAACAGGAGAAGAAAAUCAAACACAACAUCCUGACUGGGAACUGGAAAGUUCGCAGUUCUCUGGAUAAAGACCAGAUCAAGGUGGUGAUUGAUGAGGUGACACGGUGGCUGGACCUGGCGGAGGAGGGCGACUGGAUGACUCUCCCUGGUAUUGCUGGCUUCCAGGCCUUUGAGAUCCAGCUGGUGCUGAGGCAGGCCCUCCCCAACAUCUGGACGGUCCUGAGAGACCAGGGGAUAAUAGUGAAAAAAGUGAGCAAACAGCAUCGCUGGUACCUUGAGAACACCUCCUGCGAUCGAGAGAGCUGUUGGAAGGAGAAGAUUCUUCUCUCUGCGAGGGGUUUUUCUGUGUUUUUCCAGAUGCUGGUGAAAGCCCAGAAGCCCUUGGUGGGCCACAACAUGAUGACAGACCUACUCCAUCUGCACGAGAAGUUCUUCCGGCCGCUCCCAGAAAGCUAUGAUCAAUUUAAGCUGAAUAUCCACAACCUAUUUCCUGUUCUCAUUGACACCAAGAAUGUGACAAAGGACAUCUGGAAGGAACUGAAUUUCCCAAGGGUUUCAAAUCUCUCAGAAGUUUAUGAAGUCCUAAACAGUGACUUGAAUCCUACCAAAAAUUCCGGGCCAGUGAUUAUUCACGCAAGCAAGUGCGAAAAAUACGCUGAGACCAAGUACCCCCACGAGGCUGCGUAUGAUGCUUUCCUCUGUGGCUCAGUUCUUCUGAAAGUGGCACAUUUGCUCCUGUGGAGAGUACAUGGAGCUGGCUCCCUGCCUGAGCUGUCCUUCCCUCUGUACCUCGAUGUGCUGGCUCCCUAUGUGAACCAGGUGAAUCUUAUCCGAGCCGGGGUCCCUAAGAUUAACUUUUCUGGUCCAGAUUACCCCAGUGUCCGGCCUCCCAUCCUCCUCCUCAGCGUCCGGAGGUGGCCUGGGGUCAGCGAGCAGCAAGUGUAUCGUGAGUUUCAGAAUCUCUGCAAGUUCGAUGUCCGGCGACUGUCGCGGAGCCAGUUCCUGCUCUUGACCAAUAAGUUCAAGGAUGCUCGGAGCGUCCUGAGGGAGUACCGGGGCCACCCCACCCUGCAGAUCUCCCUCUAUCGGUACUGGAGACACUCCCCCGACAUCAACUGCUUGUUGCAGGUCUGUGGCGUGGUGGCCACCUGGGCCCUCCUCGCUCUCGUCCUCGGAAGACCUGACCCCUGAGCGUGGCCUGCAGCCUCUGUCCCAUCUCCGUGCCUCUCCGGGACAGCCGUCCGCAUGUCCGCAUGGGGCUCCUG